AUGUUUAUUGAAACUCCAAAGGACCCCAAGGUGAAAGCUGCAACAUGGUCAGACUACAAACAUCAUCAUACACUCAGUGCCGAAGCCAGACCAAACGGCCAACCGAGGCAGGCGGGAGUUGCUAGGGGGGUUCGGGGCAUGCCCCCCCGAGAAAUUUUGAACUUUAGUCUCUCGGAAAUGCGAUUUGCAGCGUUUUCUGGGCCUUUCGGUAACUUUUUUUCGAGUUAAUUUAAGUGGAAUUUAAAAAGCAAUAAUCAGAAACAAGCUACAUAAACUGGGUGACCGUUAACCUCGCCAAUGGUUUUGAUCAGUAUUUGUUCAAAAAAAAUUGGAGUUAACGUACGUAGCCCCUUGAGAUCGAUGAUAUGGUAAUUUUUUCAUGGUAUAUUGACUGAAUUGCUGAAUUCUUUGUAAUAUCAUGAUGCGUUAAAAAUAUCCGAUGAUCGCUUAUGUAAAAUAAAGAUGAUCGGCGAAAUUCGUCAAAAUUUUACCGAGGCGAGUGCCUCGGUUGGCCUCAUACUAGCUACGGCGCUGUAACACUGAAAGUGCUGGUCUCCAUAAUGCCAUGUGGCUCAUUUAAUUUCAUUUCAGAGGCUUGGGGUGGUAGAGCAUCAGAUGUUGCUAUUACUCGAAACUCGGGCUUCUAUGACAUUCUUGAAUAUGGGGAUGAAGUCAUGGCAGUCAAAGGGUUCACCAUUGCAGAGGAUCUUUUAGUAAGGCAUUGCCGAUCACACAUCCCACCAGGAAAAAGGGGCAGUGAACAAAUGAGAAAGGAAGAUGUUACAAAAACAAAAGAGGUUGCGAAUUUAAGAAUUUUUGUUGAGCAGGCAAUUCGCCGACUUAAACCAUUCAAAAUAUUGAAGCAUGAAAUGCCCAUCUUACUCUUGGAUAAAUUUGAUGAUAUUGUCACUAUCUGUGCAGCAUUGUGCAACUUGUACCCAAAGCUUUGCACUUGA